UCGGGUUAUCUGAGUGAGAUAAAUUGAAGUCGGGUCAUAAGACUUCAUGUUAUCUGAGUCUGUUACAGCUAAAUUCCUUUUCAUCGGCGGAAUCUUAAUAGUAUCAAAACGGACACAGUGCAAAACGUUUCUACAACAAUGUAAUUCUGUAUUACUUCAUUAUUAAGCCGUGUAGUGCAAGUUGCUGUCUCCGUGUACAUGAGAGUGAUUCAUAUACAAUACGUGUGUAUGUCCUCGCGUAUGUACAUGUGUAAACGUCUUAUUAAACGAAACUGUUUCAUUAGAUUCAAAUUGACAAUAAACUUUUUUAAAGUAAAGGAACUAAACUGAAAGUAGUCUAAACUAAUUAAUUAUAUAUACAAUGAUUGCAGAUAUUCUGCCAGGUUGAUCUAUUUAUUUUUAUUUUAAUAAUCAUUAAUCGCGUAUAAAAAUUACGUAAAUUGACAAUGAAAAAAUUGACGAUGGACGUGUUAAUAUUUCUUAUCUUUGUGAGUCAAGUAUUACUUAUUUUCGGAAAAGUAAUUAUAAUGCGCAAUAUGUUUUUUACAAAACAAAAUAUAACAUUUAUAUGUAUCUCUGAAAAUGAUUUCGGCGCUCUUGUAUGGAAUCAUCUUGCAUCGAUACCUCGCAAAAUAUUUCCCGAAAUUGAACAAGGAGUUCAUGAGUUAAAUGAACUUAAUAAUAAUGAGAUAAUUUGUAAGAUGAAUGCAAAUGAAGUAUGCUUGGAAUCAUGGACUAAACAAAACUGGAAUUUUACAAAUUCCUUAUUAACACCUAUGGGUCCAGUAUUUGAUCAACGAUGGGAAGGAUUUGAACAGUAUGAAAGUUAUUACGAGACUGAGUUCUUUGAAGUUUUUAGAACUAACUUUAGUAACGAAGUAAAGCUUUCUUUUUCGGUUCGUACGUUCUAUAACACGCAGAUAUUAAUUUGCAACGGCAAGAAUAUUUAUAGAGAUUCUUGCUAUUGGAUUGUAAUAAAUGGUUGGAACAAUACACAAUCUGUCAUUCAAAAAUGUGUAACAGGAGUUCCCAAAUUCAACAAAUUCAAGGAAUAUUCUGAGAAAGAUUCAAAAUGUUAUAAUCCACUAGAAUCACGUAAACACCCAUUGUCUGAAAAUGAAUGGCGGACAUUUGUCAUUACAUGGAAUUUUGACAUGGGCAAAAUAAUUCUUUAUGAUACUGAUAAGAUCAUUUUGACAUAUACAGACGAGAAAAGGGAUGAAUUACGCUCACAAUCAGACAAUAAUUAUUACAUGUUCAUUAAAAACCGUGGCGAAAUUUACUUUCGAUUGCAUAUAUAUGAUUUUUUGCAUACGACUGUUGAGGGUGCAACUUUAACAAGUCCCGUGUUUCAAGUUAAUAAUGAAGCAAUAUGUGUACAAUUAUUAGUUGGUCUUUGCGUCGAAUGCGAUGCAGAUAUAGUGUUGCGUGAUUCCUCAAAUGAUGAAAGAUUGGCAACAAUAGUAGUAAAAGGCUCAUCGAAAGCCGUGGUUCAUGGUUUACCUAUGUGGCAAUCUGUCAUUAUCAAGAGAAAUUUGAUCAAUUAUAGUAAUUAUAGUAUAAUCAUUCAAUUAAUUCCUAAACUUAAUAAUCGUAACUUCAAUCCGUUGUGGGCAAUAGCAAAUGUUCGCCAGUGUCCUCAAAAUGAAACUAUCAGGAAAAAUGUUAUAACUUUCGAAAAUUAUUACGACCUUUACCAUCAUAUAAAUAUGACAUGUCAAAAAUUAUUUUAUAAUGAAUAUGCUGUUGUGAGUCCUAUGUCAAGCGACAAAUCAGAUGUAAAUCUUGAUGAACCAAACUGUCCUCUAGGAAAUAUUGGGCCAAAGUGCUCAAUCUCCUGUGAGCAUGAUCUGCAUACUACAUUUAAUUGCGGUGGAACUAAAAUUUGUUACGAAGAUGGUUGUACAUGUGUGGCAGGUUUUUCAGGAAAAUUGUGUUGGGACUCUUGUAAUUCAAAUACAUACGGUUAUAAUUGCAUAAAAACAUGUGGCUCAUGUCUUUAUAACGAAACAUUAUCUCGCAAUCAGUGUGAUACAAGAACUGGGAAUUGCCAUAACGGAUGUAAUAAUACUAAUACAGAAUUUUACAUUCCACCUUUAUGUCAAACAAGCGUAGAAAAGCCAAAUGCACCUACGAAUAUCUCAAUAAGUGAAACGACAAUUUGGGCCAUUGUUCCUAUAACAUGGAAAGGCGAAUACGAAGAAAUAUCGAUUCUUUAUUCUUUUGUCAUUCAAGAACACAUCAAAUACAAUCAGCAAUCAUGGAACAAGUUAUUUCGAAAUAUGACACAAGUGACGAAAUAUUUUGAAAACAUGGAACCUGGUUUUACUUAUCAUAUUCGUCUAAACUUAAAUAUUUCAGGUGUACAAAUACACAGUGAUUGGAAAGUAGUUGAGACUAAAUGCAAUCCGGCUGAAAAUUUCGAUAUAAAACUAGAAGAAAAUGGCACAAUAAUUGAUUUGCGAAACAUCCCAAAUCAAGUGUAUUCAUGUCCGGAAAAAUGGUAUCAUCUAGUAAUUCACAAUGUAGAUACGAAUAAAGAAGUCGUUUCUACAAUAGUUUCAUCUUUUCCAUAUUAUCAACCUUUAUUACCAUUCACUUCUUAUAAUGUGGUUAUAUCUCAUAAAAAUUGGAAGUUAUUUUCCAAGGAAAUUCACACGUUUGCUGGAAUUACGUACGAUUCAAAUUACUAUUUCUUAGCCUCUUAUAAAGGUAUAUUGUUGGCUAACACACAACUCACUUUGAUUUGGAAGACACUAUAUAAACAAAGAUGGCAUGGAACAAUAAUACAAUAUGAAGUAAACCUGAAGGUUAAUGAGUACUAUGGCUGUAGAGACUUAAAAUUACCUAUACCGGAUAAUCACAUUAUUGAAAUGUCCACAACAGAGCCAACAAUCACAAUUCAGGAUUUACAUCCGUAUGCAUCUUAUACUGUGAAGGUUAUAGCUCAUAACCCACGUCAUUUGAUCCCAAUUGUAGAGGCAAUUGAUAUGACCUUUGACACAAAACCAACUGAGAUACCAUCAGAAGUAUUUAGUCAGUUGAAAAUAGAAGACUGGAUUUUAUUGUGGAAUCCACCCGAUAAUUGCACGACAAUUUUGGGACCACUAAUAGCAAAGAUAGUAAUACAGGGUAUUAGUGACGCUGUUAAAUAUUUCAAUGUGAUCAAAUAUAGUAUUUCCUAUCAACUUAAUUUGGAUGAAUUGAAUCCAAAAUUAAACGGUUUUGAGCGAUACUUAGUAACACUUUACGUAAUAAGAGAUUACGACAAAAAGGAAAAUACCACCACUUAUGAAAAAUUAGAGUUUGAAACUCCACCAACAGCUCCACCCGAAGUAACAAAUUUAGAGGUUGUCGAAAUUGAUACUCGUCAAAUGCCUGCCAUACACUUGCGAUGGCAAAGUCCACUUCCACCUUUCAACGGAAAAUUACAUAAUUAUGGUGUUAAGUAUAAUUGGACUGAAGGAUAUAGCCCAAUUAUUGAAGUUGCAUUAAAUGAAACUUGUGAUUUGUGGGAUGAUUAUAUAUGUAAAGUUAUAGUGCUAAACGAAACCCGACACGGUAUUUCUUUUUUUGAUAAUAUUCAGGUUUUCGCAUGCAAUGUGAACGUCACCAAGCCAGGAAAAUCAGUUUACGUACAUGAGCUUCCAAAUCCAAUGCCGGAUGAACCUGGGAAUUAUACUUUUACGAUCAACAAUAACAGUGUGGUUGAUCUAAAAUGGCUUCAUCCCUGGAAGACAGGUAGUCAUCUUGAAUAUUUUCGCAUUCGAAUACAAGUAAUCUCUUCAAAUCUGAGGCUUUUCCCGUCUCUCAAGAACGAAAUAAUAAAAUAUCCGGUAACACAAUACAACCGUACAUACAGCAAACGAUUGUAUUUGUUCCCAUCGACACGAUACAAGAUCCAUAUUGAGGCUACAACAAUUACAAAUAAAUCUAACAGCACAAAAUUUGUGGAAAUUAAUACAUCUUCAGCCAUAGAUUUUGAUGGCAUUCUAGAAGUCAGGAAUGAUGAUUCGAGUUCCACAAUAUUAAUAAAUAUACCAUCAGUUUCAAACGAUACUCAAGAUAGUAUGUUGCACAUCAUAAUAAAAAGCUCUAAUUAUACUUGCGAACGAUUUUCGGAAAUACCGGAGGAUUUACGAGCGCUAGCAAGCGUGAAGGUAAAUGAAAUGGCUUGGCAAGCUGCUGAAGUUACGACAAAAGAGUUAGCUGGUACACAAUUCAGGGUUGGCGACAAUAAAAUUUACGGCAAUGCGUUAAAUUGCCCAUUGCAACCUGAUUUUUAUGAGAUAGUGGUUAUUAUAACCGAACAAAAUUCAACUAGGCCAAUUAUGCUUUCAAAAUCGAUCCGCGUCAAUAAUGUUCCACCGACGCUUUAUGCAGAGUGGCUAGUUGCCGUACCCAUUAUAUUAUUCAUCCUGACAUCAAUAGCAUCUUAUUUGUACCGAAGAAAAAAACAACAACGGAAUGAAGAACAAAUACGAAACGAAAUAGCUUUGUGGCAGGAAUCCGUGAAUUGUGAACACGAAACGACAUUCACAAUAUCGAAUAGAAUAGAAUUAAUGGAAAGUCUGUCUCAUAUUUAUGAAAGUAUACCUUCAUUGCGGACGAGUACUCCGGAAGCGUUGGUAACUGCUACUAUGCACAGUGAAGAAGAGGAGGUGGAAAUGAUAUCAUUGGUAAAGGUGAAAGAUUUUGAAAAAUAUGUCAGACAAGCGAUACAGUCAGGAUUAUUUGAUAAGCAAUACAAAGCGAUAAAAGAGAUGAUGAAAAAAUAUACGGAUGAUGCUUAUCCCGAUUACAAUAACGCUAAUUACAUCACUGGUUAUAAGACAGAAAAACGUUACAUCGCCAUGCAAGGGCCCGAACCAAAUACUGUCACCGAUUUCUGGCGCAUGAUUUGGCAAGAAAACGUUCUUAUUAUUUGUAUGUUGACAAAUGUAGUCGAAAAUGAAAAGACAAACUGCGAGCAAUAUUGGCCAAAUAUUGACAAGAAGCUGAAGUACGGCGACAUUAUUGUAUUAAACGAAAAGCAAAAUAUUUUUGCUGAUUACUCUUUUAGAACUUUCCAAGUGACUUAUGGAGAGGAAACUCGAAAGAUAGAACAUUUAUAUUACACGGCUUGGUUGGACUACGAAGUGCCAUUAAAUACACACUCAGUAGUCACAUACUUGAAGAAAUUGUUAUCGUUAUCACCUGGAGAUGGACCCGUGGUAGUUCAUUACAGUGGCGUUGAAAAAACAGGGAUUAUCAUUUUGUGCGACAUUUGUCUUCGUCGAGCAGCGAUCGAGGGGGAAGUUGAUGUUUUCGCCGAAACGAUAUCCAUUAGAAGCGAACGAAAUAACAUGAUUAAUAAUAAGCAACAAUAUCUCUAUGCGCAUUUGGUGUUAGUGGAAUGUUGGUUUUCCAUUUCAACUACAAUUCUGUGUAAUAAGAUGUUAAUUACGCAAAUCAAAGAGUUGAAACAACAAUCGCCGGCUCUCCAGCAAAGAUUACAGGACACUGCAUGGCAAGAUGAAAUCUUGGGACAAGAUAAAGUGAGUAGAGUAUAUUUGAAGAAAUAUCCGAUAUCGGACGGGCAGAGUGAUUAUCUACCCGCCGUUUAUGUAGACGGAGUAAAACUUCAGAAUCAGUAUCUAGCUACACAGCUUCCCAUACAAUCAACGAUCGAAACAUUCUGGCGAAUGAUUGCCGAAUACAAAGUUGAACUUAUUCUCAUGCUACAGCCGUCAGAUUUGAAAGAUCCUACUUACUAUGAGAUUGUUCCUACAAGCGGUGAGUUUGAACCAACCCCAUAUUUGCAUAUUACUGCGAAAGAAGUCGUGAAGGAGAAAUAUUAUAAUCACAAUAUUAUAUAUCACAGAUUGUUGCUCGUUGACAAUUUCGAGAAACCUCCAAGAAAACAAUAUGUGACUAUAAUGUGUUUAACGGAAUGGAAACUUGGAAAAGAUCAAUCAUUGCCCCCAGUGAGGUCGAUGGUGACCUUUUGGCAAGCAGCUGAGAAGAUUGCAAGAGGCAAUGGACCUACUGUCACUCUUUGCCAUGACGGAGUAACUGGAUGUGGUCUGUAUCUAGCAUUGAGUUUCUUGAUAGAACGAAUGGCUGUCGAAAACGAAUGUGACGUUUAUUUAGCAGUGCGAGCUGUCAAACGAUCAAGAACAAAUUUUGUUAGUUCUCUGGAACAUCUGGAAUAUCUAUACGAUGCCGCGGUGACAUAUACGGAGUUUUUCGAAGGCUAUGCGAAUUUUGGGUAAAGCAAGAAUAAUCAAGCUAUAUUCUUGCAUACACAUACAGCGGUGCUGCGACAUAACAUCAUGUACAAAUCAUGCAAAUAUCCAUAAUGAAAUAUCUCGUAUUGCAAAGAAAGUAAAACAAAAUAUCGUCCAAGAUUUUCAUUAACAACUACAGAGAUUUAAUCGUACUACUGCGACAUCAAAAUCAUAAUAAAGAAACAAAAUCUGCUUGAGAAAAAAUCCAUCAUGAAAAAAACAGCUGUUUUAGCUAUAUUUGAAUUAUUUUUAAAAAAUUAACAUUUAUUAACUAAUAAUAAUCAAUUAUUGAUAUCGUCUAUACUCAUUGUAUAAUUUAUUAGAAUUAAGGAAAAGCAAUUACAUUUAUUAAUACACUGUUUCACAUAAGAAUUGUUUGCGAAAUACUUAAACUUGAAGCAAUAAUUAAAUAAGUACUUUAGCUUUUACAAAUUUAAAAAAAUAAUUUUAACUAUAUAAAAAAAAUUGUAAACAAAGAAGACAAAUAUUGUAUUUCACAAAAGCAUAUAUGUAUAAAGUGUAUGUAAAUUUUACAAAUUUUUGUUUUUUUUGGCAAGCUUAUCAAUGCAAUAUUGGCAAUGUUGAAACGAUUGUGUUUGAUAUUUUUUCUUAUGUCGAGAAUGUUUUCGAUUAAUCAACUUCAGAACAUUUUCGAUUAUUGCAUUUCAAUAGCGGACGACAAGAUGAACGACCACUCGCGAGCAAUAUUUGAAUAACAACCGAACUAACAAUAAGAUUAGUAUUCAUUGAAAUUAGUAUGAAAUCCUUACAGCCCUGCAUACUUUCCUUAAAAUCGUCUUGCAGUGAAAAGAAUAGCAGAGAAAAGCGCAAAAAAAUUAAUGCGUUAAAUGUCGUUAAUGUCAACGAUGGCUGCAAUGCUGGUGAGAGAUGGCAGAUAAUUGAAUAGAGUUAAAUAGUUAGAUAAAAUAAGAUCAUUUUCAUGUACAAGGUUUUAACAAUAGUAGUUUGUUCAAAAUGUAAUUUUGGGUUUUACUAUCAUUGAAAAUUUGUCGCAAACCAU